AUGUCGGACGCCUCCCGCCCCAGCCGGGCGCCCGCGUUCCCGCGGCUGUGGGACCUGCGCCCCCACGCCCGCUCGCCCCCCCAGGGCCGCGGCUACGGCUGCCCGACCUGCGGCAAGGCCUUCGCCCGCUCCUCGGCGCUGCUCCGCCACGAGGCCGCGCACCGCGGCGAGAAGCCCUUCCGCUGCGCCGAGUGCGGCAAAGGCUUCGCCCAGGCGGCUCAGCUGGAGACCCACGGGCGGUCGCACACCGGCGAGCGCCCCUUCGCCUGCUCACACUGCGCCAAGGCCUUCAUGUCCUCCUCCCACCUGGCGCAGCACCGGCGCACCCACUGGGCCGAGCGCAAGCACGGCUGCCCGCUGUGCGGCAAGACCUUCCUGCGCCCGUGGGACGUGGCCCAGCACCAGCGCUUCCACACGGGCGAGCGGCACUUCCGGUGCGAGCGCUGCGGGCGCGGCUUCUUCCGCUCCUCCGACCUGCUGCGGCACCAGCGGGUGCACACCGGCGAGCGGCCCUUCCGCUGCGAGCGCUGCGGCAAGACCUUCGCCCGCUCCUCCGUGCUGGCCAAGCACGCCCGCACCCACACCGGCGAGCGGCCCUACCGCUGCCCGGCCUGCCCCAAGGCCUACGGCACCGCCUCCCAGCUCACCGAGCACCAGCGGGUACACACCGGCGAGCGGCCCUACCUCUGCUCCGUCUGCGGCAAGACCUUCGCCUACUCCUUCCUGCUGCGCCGUCACCUCAAGAUCCACACCGGGGAGCGGCCCUACCCCUGCCCCGAGUGCCCCAAAGCCUUCAAGACCUCGGGGCACCUGCAGAAGCACCGGCUGAUUCACACCAGGGACAGCGCGGCCGGGGGGAGGAGGCAGCGGCGGAAAAGGGAGGCGGGGCCGGGAGCGGAGUGA